GGCGGAAACUGGAGAUCGUUAGUAGGAAAAGAGAAGACAGAACUGUAGAAUUGAAACCAAACAGCGAGUUAAAAAACCGUUCAGACCAAAGAGGAGAAGGAGCCGUGUCUGUUGGAACACGCGCCGCCUGAAGAAGAACGGGGCAUGGGUCGACUCUCAUGGGCCAGUCCGAUUCAGAGAUUACGUUUCUUCUCUUCCUUAUCUCAGAAUGGAAGAAGAGGCGUUUUGGCUUGCUCUGGCUAUGAAAAACGUUAUCUUUCGUCUCUAGUUGAAGCUUCAGAUUGUGAAAUUGAUGAAGUUCCAGAUGAUAGCAAAGUAGCGGAGAAAGACACUGCUCUACAUUUAGCAUUAUCACAGCUUGCAGGUGAUUUUGAUGAAGACUCUAAGUUGUCAUUGCAGCGGUUCUCCCGAAAACGGAGAGUUUCUGUGAUAUCUACGGGUUCGCUCAACCUUGAUCUAGCUCUUGGAGUUGGAGGAUUGCCUAAGGGAAGAAUGGUUGAAGUUUACGGAAAAGAAGCUUCUGGAAAGACAACUCUAGCUCUUCAUAUCAUCAAGGAAGCUCAAAAGCUUGGAGGUUAUUGCGCUUAUCUUGAUGCCGAGAAUGCCAUGGAUCCUUCUCUAGCAGAAUCAAUAGGUGUGAACACGGAAGAGCUUCUGAUAUCACGACCUGAUUCUGCUGAAAAGAUGCUAAGUAUUGUUGAUGUGCUAACCAAGAGUGGGUCAGUAGACGUAAUUGUGGUUGACAGUGUUGCUGCUCUUGCCCCUCAAUGUGAACUUGAUGCUCCUGUAGGAGAAAGAUACAAAGACACACAAUCAAGAAUAAUGACACAGGCGCUCAGAAAAAUCCAUUACUCAGUUGGUUAUUCUCAGACAUUGAUCGUUUUUCUUAAUCAGGUCAGAUCACAUGUCAAAUCUAGCAUGCAUUUUCCCCACGCCGAAGAAGUGACUUGUGGAGGAAAUGCAUUGCCGUUUCAUGCAGCUGUACGUCUCAAAAUGAUAAGAACCGGGCUAAUAAAGACUGACGAUAAGAUAAGUGGUCUCAAUGUCUGCGUCCAAGUGGUGAAGAAUAAAUUGGCGCCAGGAAAGAAGAAAUCUGAAUUGGGGAUUCACUUUGGUCAUGGCUUCUACGUGGAGCGAGAGGUAUUAGAAUUGGCUUGUGAGCAUGGAGUUAUCUUAAGAGAAGGAACUAGCUAUUUCAUUGAAGGCGAGGUCAUCGAAGGGAAAGACGCAGCUGAGAAGUAUCUGGUGGAAAAUAAAGAGGUUCUUGAUACUGUCGUUGCAAUCCUGAGGAACCAGCUCUUCAAGAUGUGAGAGAGAGGAAAUGUAUUUUGAGUUCUCCAAACAAAUGUAUAUGUUUCGAUAGAGCCAAAAACCAGUUGAGCUUUUUCAUCAACCUCGGCGUCCCUAUUAAGCAACGUGGAAGGCACAGAAGCAGUUAGGGAAUGUUAACUAAAAGGAGGAGCAGAGAAGAUGUGCAAAAGCUAGUUGUCGUUAGAUGAUAUCAUAGGCAUUACUCUUGUUAGAGAUUCUCCAUCAUGUACUGCAGAAUUCUGCAGAUAU